GCAGUAUGAAAAGGAUCAGAAGCAGCAUUGAAGAUGAGGAUAAGCAAUUAAGAUAUAAGGCAAAGGCCGAGUCUUCAUGCUCCAGUCUCCUGUUUGUUUGAUGAUUUUAAUUUGACAUGGAUCAUGGUGCAAAGUUAAUGAGCUGAGAAUGACUUACAGGAAGCUGACAAUUGUGUGCAAUAAAUCACAGUUCAGCCACCAGUUUUCAGUUCUUUGUAUGUAAUAUAUCCAUUUAUUUUCUGUAUUGUGUUAUAUAUUGUUUAACUAGUUCAACACUUGAGUGAAAAAAAUCGUGUCAGAUGAUAGUCUGGUCCCAGUAAUGAUAGACUACAUUAAUGUCUCUAAAACAGACCAGCUGUUUAUCUCUUUAGUUUCUCAGGUGACUCAACAAGUCCUCUUGUGCAUUAUCCUAUCCAUUAUCUACUUGACAUAUUCAUGCUUUUGUUUGCAUUUGUUUUUGUCGUUUUGUAUCAUGUCUUCAUUGAUUCUUGAUUUCCUGAUUGUCCCUGUUUCUUUAAAUGGAGCUGAAAUGGAACGGUGCUGCUAUCUUCUAUGGAGCGUCAAGGAUGUUCCUAUGUAAUAAAUGACCUGAACUCAAUCCACACCAGUUUGAUCGACCUGUCGUUUGUGGUUUUGGCCCUUAAAGUGCUGCUCAAUUUUAAUCACAGAUUGAUUAAACCAUUCAAAUAUAUUUUGCCUUAUGCUUAUGCAUAAAUAUGCUUGUUACUGCAGCAUGUACAUAAUAAUAAAUUAUGUUCUCUUACCACACUGGUCAAUAGCUAGAGAGACCUUUGCUUCAUCCCAUCAUUUACAUUUAAGUCAUUUAGCAGAUGCUCUUAUCCAGAGCGACUUACAAAUUGGUGCAUUCACCUUAUGACAUCAUAAACUGUACAUUUUACGCAUGUUUUCUCAGACAUAGGAAUCAAUUGUUUGUAAUAUUGUGGAUAUUGCACUAAAUAUAAUCACUGCUUUAUUUCAUGGUUGGUGGUGGUUGUGUGCAUCAUCUGUGUCUUUGGGAGUCUGGCGAGUAGACUGAUAGAUCAUAUGCUGUUCUCUUUUUCAGGGGAGCUUAGUAAUAGUGUCAAUGCAGAUCCAUACAAGUACAACUAUAACACUGGCAUCAGUUACGAAACUUUAGGCCCUGACGAACUGAGGUCUCUGUUGACAACACAAUGUGGAGUGAUCUCUGAGCACACCAAGAAGAUGUGCACCAGGUCCCAGCGGUGCCCCCAGCACACGGACGAACAGAGGAGGGCCGUCAGGGUGUUCCUCCUGGGGCCGUCCGCGUCGUCUCUGCCCGAUGUAGACAUGAUGGUGGAGAGUGACUGCUACGACGCCUCAGACGGACAGGUUCUCAUGAGUCGCCUACAGUGGGAUGGAUCCUCAGACAUCUCCCCCUCCGAUUCAGCCUCCUCCAAAGCCAGCACCAACAACUCAGAUUCUAAGAAGCCCAAGAAGAAGAAGACGUCUCUUGGCCUAAACAGCACAGGAGGAGGGGGCGGCAGUGGGAGUGGAGGAGGCAGUAGCUCCCAGAGUAGUCUAGUAGACCAAUCCAACAGAAAGAAGCCCAAGCUUCCUGUUCCCCCUGCCCCCAGUAUCUAUGACAACCUAAACUAGGAUAGUCCCAGUCUGCCCCUUCCCCUCUCAGAGGCAAAGAUGAUUACCCAUUAACUCACAUCCACUCACUCACACAUUAAUAUCAGCUCUGAUUAGCCCAGGGGUUGUAACUUCUCU